ACCUCAAAACAGUUUUGUAAUUUAUCGAAGAAAUGUUCAAGCGGAAAUAGCCAAAGAAAAAGGUGCCACUGCUGCCGGUAGAUUGGAUUAUGUUUCUAAAUUCGCUGCUAAUAAAUGGAAACAUGAAUCUCAAGAGGUUAAGGAACUUUAUGGCUUUCUCGCUAUAUGUGCAAAGAAAGUUCAUGAUUUCAUGUAUCCUGGUUAUGUUUAUCAACCUAAAAGACAAGCCACCACAAACGAACCCAUGAUAAUGGUACAUGAACCCGGUAUAAAUGGUUGUAAAUUAAGGCAACCCGUCCCAACUCCUCCUGAAACUCCUUUAUCAUCUCCUCCAACAAGAAUGUCAAGGCAAUAUAGUUCUCCUCCAUUAUAUCAACAUCAACAACCUUUACCUCCUCCUCCUCCAUUUCUACCUUCAGUUGAUCAUCAUACUCCUUCAUUCGGUGCUUUUCCUCCACUUAAUCAUUUAUCUCCUCUUCCUCCAUCAACACUUCUUCCUCCAUCAACACUUGCUCAUCAAUCAACACUUCUUCCUCCAUCAACACUUGCUCAUCAAUCAACACUUCUUCCUCCAUCAACACUUGCUCAUCAAUCAACACUUCCUCCUCCAUCAACGCUUCCUUCUUCAUCAGCACUUCCUCCUCCGUCAACACUUGAUAUAAAUAUAUCUUCAAAUAUCAUGUCAAAUUAUGAUCGAAGACUAUGUAAAGAAAUUGACCUUGCUGUAAGAUUAAAUUAA